AUGGAUGGAAUACGUUUUGCUCCUGGCUAUAGUGUAGAACAAGCUAUGGAAGAGUUAUUUCGUAGCAGUAGUGAUUCAGAAGGUAGUGACGCCGAAGAUGAUGGAACAGAGACGCAGGUAGACCAAAGUGAUGAAAUUUGUUUACAUGAAUUAGAAGAAAUUGAUAUUCUUGCUGAAAAUUAUGACAGUGGAGAAGAUGAAAGUGCAGUACUGGUGUCUCCGGACUUGAACGAGACAGUGUCUACGCUACGCCUGACGGCGGGCGCCAGUGACCACGACCGAGUGGUCACGUGCCGCGCGGAGAACAGCCACGUCCGGGGCGGCGUCGAGGAGGACUCGUGGCGACUCGACGUCUACUUCAUGCCAAUGGUGCAGCUCCAUCUGGGACCGAACCUGGCAGCUGAGAACAUCAAGGAAGGCAGCGACGUCUACUUUGAAUGCAAGAUGAGGGCUAAUCCAGCAGCCUACAAGGUUGUUUGGACAAAUAAUGCCGAGGCGGAGAAGAUCCGGCAGGAGACGGUCAGAGUUCUGAAUAAAGCAAAGCCACCGAAGCAAAACAUCAACGCAGAGGAAUACCAUGCCAUCAAGGAACUCAGGGACAACCCCUACUUAGUAGUGGUACAGGCAGAUAAGGGCAACGCCACUGUAGUCUUGGACACAACUCAUUACAACAAACGAAUGGAAGAUAUUCUCGCAGAACCUAUCUACAAGAAACUUCAGGGAGAUCCGACGGCCAAGGGCGAGGUGAUACUGCACAACACGUCAGCGGGCGUGAUUGUCAGCAGCAGCCACCUGGCGCUGCAGUCGGUGACCCGCAAGCAGGCUGGCAGCUACUCCUGCAUCGCGUCCAACGUCGAGGGCGACGGCCGCAGCAACGUCGUCAACCUCGCCGUCAAGUAUAAGCCGGUGUGUCACGAGGGCGAGCAGCGGCCGGUGACGAUAGCGGUGGGUCUGGGCGAGCGCGCCACCGUCAAUUGCAGCGUGGACGCGCUGCCAACGGCCGACUCGUUCCGCUGGUCGCUAGGCAACAGCUCGUACCUGCCCGGGCUCGACCCCGCGAUCGCAGCGCCGCCGCCGCCCGACUCCGGCGCCGGACAGUCGCUGCAACUCAUCCCCCUGUCGCAGAGCGACUACGGCACCCUGCUCUGCUGGGCCUCGAACGCUGUCGGCAUCCAGGUCGCCCCUUGUGUCUUCCAUAUUGUGCCAGCAGGUAAGCCGGACCCAGCGAGCAACUGCACGCUGGUGAACCAGACGUCGACGUCGCUGCAGCUGGAGUGCCUGGAGGGCUUCGACGGCGGCCGGCCGCAGCGGUUCGAGCUGCUGGUGGAGGAGGUGUCCACCGGCCGGCUGCUGUCCAAUGUCACCUCCCGCUGGCCAUCCUUUGGCGUGGCGGGCCUGCGGGCUGGCCAGGCGCUGCGCCUCACCGUCACCGCCUUCAACAGCCGCGGCCGCUCCAUGUCCGUCGCGCUGGACGCCUACACGCUCAAGGCUGCGGAGCUCCGAACAGGCGUGCCGGUGCCGUUCGAGCUGACGCCCAUCCUGAGCGUGCUGCUGAGCGUGGCGACGGUGCUGCUGCUGGCGGUGGCGGGCAUCGUGGGCUCGCAGCGCGUCCGCUCCAGCAAGCAGCGGCAGCAGGACGCGGCCGCCGCCGCCGCCCGCCAGGCGCUCGACGCCGCCCAGGGCGCCAUCAAGGCCGGCCCCGACGUCGAGGACCCCAACCCCGACCUCAUCCCGCCGACCAGAGGUAAACUGCAAGUCCGCCGCACAGUGCUGCACAGCUUCGGUAACAGUCGCUCCCUAAACUGA